GAUUUUGACAGAUAGAGGCAGAAGAGGUGAUUUUUUGUUGGCCUUUUGAUGAACGAAUUUAGGCGAUUGGCGAUAAUUUUAGUGUAAAUAAAAUUAUCUAAGGAGUAUGGUGAUUACCAAUAUUCCUGGUUAGAAAAGACUAAAAUUAGACCACGCUUCAACAUGAGUUCGAAGAAAGGAAGGCGCCAAUUAGGCAAUAAACAUUUUCCAAUAGCCGAGUCAGUGAGUAUAGCUCUGAAGAUCCAACUGGAUAAGUUCUUGAGUGAUGAAAAUGAGACUGAACUUAAGUUUCCGACGUUUCUGUCGGCUCAAGAGAGAGGCUUCAUCCAUGAGACAGUGGCGAAGUUGGGGUUGAAGUCAAAAUCGCGCGGGAAAGGUGUCAACCGUUACCUGACGAUAUACAAGCGUCUUGGCUCAACCAUAAUCCAGAAUGAUGCCAAACUCAUCUUGGAUUCCAACAUGCGGUGUACCAUAGCGGAGCUGUUCAAUGCCUUCCCGAUCACCAGCAAGGAGAAGGAUGACCUGAGCUGUUGUCCGGAGAAGGAACGUAGCCCACAGCUAGCUCAUAAGACUCUUGGGCAGUUGAACAAUGGAGUAGCUCAGGUGCCAAAUACUACAUACAAUCCAGACCUGAUAAAGUUCAGGGAGAAACUGCCCGUGUUUGAACAGAGGCAAGAACUACUCCAUGCCAUCACACACAACCAGGUUAUAAUAGUAGCGGGUGCCACCGGCUGCGGCAAAACGACGCAGCUGCCGCAACUGGUGUUAGAGCACUGCCAGGAGCACAAACAACCUGCGAGAAUCUACUGCACGCAGCCGCGACGCAUUUCUGCCGUGUCCGUCGCCGAGCGGGUGUUCGUUAACGCUGCUAAAGAACCGAGCAAAGAUAAUCCCGAUGUUGAAUACUGGAAAAAUGAAAUUACUGAUCGCUUUUAUGCUGACGGUACUGAACUUGUUCGCGGUAAUUGGGGCGGUCAACAACAGCCACAACAGCAAGGCGGAUUUGCGCCAGCUCCACAGCCUACGGCACAACCGCAGCCAGUAGCUCAACCGCAAGCACCGCAACCAAUGGCGCAGCAAGGUUACGCUCAGCCAGCCAUGCCAGUAGCUCCUCAACCUGUAGCACAGCCUGUAGCACCUCAGCCAGUAGCUCAGCCUCACUACGACCCUAACCAGUACGCACAGCCGCAGCAGUAUGCACAGCAGCAACAACAACCGCAACCGCCUACAGCUCCUGUAGCGCCUGUAGCACCUCAGCAACAACCGCAGCCAGUAGCUCAACCGCAAGCACCGCAAGGCGGAUUUGCUCCUCCUGCUGCUGGAACUAACCCAAGCUUCGCUCCACCGCCAGCACCGUAA